CGUUUCAAGGCUGGAUUCGAGGGGAAGCUAAUUUAUGAGUCUUGUUUUAUCUUUCAGGAAAAGAGGAGAUUAAAGGGGGGUGGCUGGUGAAGGAGAAUUCGGCCGUUACAUUUUUAAGCAUGGAGAAGCGGGCCGUUUCCUAUUCUUUGGCUGGUAUCUCCCCCAACUGAGGCCAACAGCCGUAUGGGGAAAGCAGCGGCAGACACCGAUGGCAUGGACACUUCCUCAAGGUCUGCCGCUCUGCCCUGCCUGCUCUGCCGGAGCCCAUUCACCGCCGUCUCUCUCUUCCAGCUCGCUGCGCCGCCCAGCAGCACUGCAGCACAGUACAGGCUGACGGAAUGAGGCUUGACCCAGUGCAUUUCUCCAUGCUGGUCAUCGGGGUCACCUUUGCCUGUUACGCCCCGAGUCUCAACUCCCUUCAGGACCAGGCGUACCGAUCAGCCGUGGUCAUCGAGGGCGAGGUGCGCUCCUCCCUGGGGAACGUCUCCUCCCGGGAGCCCUACAGUGUGAAUGUUAAAGUGCUGGACGUGUGGCCCGUCAACAGCGGCGGCCUUGAAAGGGAGCAGCUCGUGACCGUCGGAGACUUCGGCUCCGAGGCACCGUGCACCACGGUGGAGAAGGACCACAGAUAUAUCUUUUUCAUGGACCCGACCGCCGAACCCUUGAUAUUUAAGGCAUCUUACGCCCCUGUUGACGCUAGCGAGCCAGAAUUAAAGAAGGAUGUAGAGAGAGUGUUAUGCGAGGACUGCGCCUCUGCCCCAAAGCUCCGGCUAAUGCAAGGCCAGUCUCUGAUGGAAGGGGACAAGCUAUACUUGAAGUGCGAGUCAGUGGGGAACCCCAGCCCUUCAUUCCGCUGGUACAAAGAUGGACAUGAGCUUCAAAAAGGCAGAUCUCUUAAAAUAAAGACCAAUAAAAAAAACUCAAAGGUGCAGAUCAGUCACGUCCGUGCAGAAGACUCUGGCAACUACACCUGUGUGGCUGAAAACUCAUUAGGACAAGAAAAUGCUACAAGUAUAAUCAGCGUACAGAUCUUGACCACCACCACCCUGUCUCCAGGUGUGAGUCAUGUAAGGCGCUGCAACGACUCAGAGAAAGCUUAUUGUGUGAAUGGAGGAGACUGUUACUUCAUACAUGGUAUAAACCAGCUGUCCUGCAAGUGUCCCAAUGACUAUUCGGGGAACCGCUGUCAAAACUCCGUCAUCGACAGUAUCCACAGGGCUGAGAUGCUCUACCAGAGGCGCGUCCUGACAAUCACAGGCAUCUGUGUGGCGUUACUGGUGGUCGGCAUUGUUUGUGUGGUGGCCUACUGCAAAACCAAGAAGCAGAGGAAGAAGACACACAAUCACAUUCAUCAGAAUCAGAAUCCGUUCAUGGAGCAACCCAACCACAUGCCGGCAAAUGAACCCAACCACCCUGGACCUGGUCCUGAGCAGAUUCCAAUGGUUGACUAUAUUUCCAAGAGUGUUCCAACGACAGACUGUGUGAUCAGCCACGGAGCUGAAGGUGCAGGCAACUACGCAGGGAGCCGAAUGUCCACUCGCUCCCAUCACUCCACCACAGCCUCACAUGCCUCAAGACAUGAGGAGCAGACAUGGAGCAUGGAGCGAACAGAAAGCAUGAACUCAGACUGCCAGUCAGGAGGGCUUUCCAGCUCAGUGGGAACCAGUAAAUGCAGUAGCCCAGCAUGCAUGGCAAGGAGGGCUGCCCAUUGGGGUUGUGCAGACAUGUCUGGACCAGGAAUGCAGUAUGGGGAUUCCUGCGACUCUCUAAGAGACUCCCCUCACAGUGACAGGUAUGUGUCAGCGCUGACUACGCCAGCUCGACUGUCUCCUGUGGAGUUCCACUACCCCCUGUUGCCACCCCAGGUGCCCACCUUUCAGAUCACCUCACCCAACACAAGCCAAGCCCUCUCCCUGCCUCCUGCUGCUGCUGCCUACAGCAGAGAUGAUGACCAGCCACUGCUAUGCUGCCCCAAUGAUGACAGUCUAUACAGGCAGCCCCGGCGUCCCCCUUACCUAACAGAGAGCACAGGAAGCCUACCAUCCAGCCCUUAUCGCCAUCCUGAUGAUGAGGCCUAUGAGACCACACAAGAGUAUGCUUCUUCAAGAGAACCCAUCCAGAGUCGGCGUCGCCCACGACGCAACCGCCUCAACGGACACAUCUCCCAGCGUUCAGCAGGCCUACGGGACUAUAGCUCACAGAGCUUUAGCCAGUCAGAAGAGGAGGAGGAAGAGGAAGAGGAUGCUCAUGGGGAGAGCACACCUUUCCUAAGUAUGCAGAAUAUGAACAUGGACCAGCCCCUAACAGUCCCAGGUUUCCGUUUGUCAUCAGGGGCAGACACAUGGACUCACUGUGGUCUGAGCCGGGCGGGAACACGCACCAACGGGCAAAGACGAGGCUACCAGUCACAGCGUUCUAAGGCUGACAACAUGCCUCUUUAAGACUUAAUUUACCCCCCACAGUCACUCAUCCUUUCCACCUCACCCUUGCUCCUACACACAGCCAGUGGACUUGGGACCUACAACAGGAGAAAUAUUUUUAUUUUGUAUAAGAGACAGAUAUUCUAAACAAAUUUAAUAUUUAUUUUCAUUUCAGCAAAAAAAUUGUCUACUGGCCUACAGCAAAGACUUUUUUUUAUAAUGGGGGGGGUAUUUAUAUGUAAAGUUUUUUGAUUUACAGCAUUAUGAGAGAUAUAAAACAAGAGAAUUAUGUGCCAAUUUUUUCACAAGUUAGAUUAAUAAAAUAAUAUUGUGGUGCCUUUUGCUGUAUGCUGAAGUUGGAGGUCCCAUUGAGUUUUGUAGCCUUUCUUAUAAAGACUCCAUGUUUUUACAAACUUUCUUCCUUCUUUUUGCUUUGUUUUUUUUUUCUUAUUUUGGAUCUUCCUCUUUUCGAACUGUGAUCUGAUUAUGUCAUCAUGCAAUAUAGAGUCCUUCUGUGUCAAAGGUGUCUGUUUACAUGAGUAUGAUCCAUGCAAUGCCCUCCUUUCACAAGGACAUCAGUCACUGACAUAACCCGAUGUGUGGGAUAGUUUUGAUUAUUUUUUGAUGACUCAUUUUCAUUACCAUCUGUUGUUUUUCUGUUUAAACAAGGGGUUCAAGGAGAAAAGGUGACUCUGAUUUCAUAUAUAUGUGUUCAGGGUACUGCCAUGACAUUGGUGGCGGUUUGUGAGUGUUUGUUAGUGUGUGUGUGAGUACAGGUGCUUGUGUGCAGACCUCAUUAAGCCUAAUGUGGCUGUCUUGUGUGUUUGCCUUUGAGGGUAUGGUCUCUUGUUUGACUGACAUGCUCCUACCACCAGUCCUCAUGCUGCCAGAGGCUUGCACUGGUUUAACCUCCUGCCAUGAGUAGUCAUGGGCAAGGGAGCUGCUGAUCCAAACUGAACAUACUAGUUGUAAUUCAGCCUGACUCUGGCCUCUGUGGGCUCCCAAGCCCAUUCUUUUCCUAUGCCAGCAGCUUAGAGCCACACUGUGUCUCAGGACUUCCCAUCACAUCACAGCCAAAAGAUUUAAAGCAACAAAUGCUUGUCAUCUCAUACAGUUGUUUCUAAAGUCAGAUCCACAGUCUGUAGCUGUAUUUCCUGGUUGCAUUUUUUAAGAGAGCAAAGGCAAAGCUCUUGAAUCAUUUUUCUUUUUUUUCUUCCACACUUUAGGGAGUUUUGUAUAUGUGUGUGAUCGGUGUGUUUCUGUGAAGGAGUCACACUGGAGACAAUGAGGUGGAGGAGGAGAAGGAGGAGGAGAAAUGAUGUUUGGGGAAGACCACAUUAGAGGCCUGAUAAGGAAUUCUGGGCCCAUGAGAGAAGAACAUUGCCCCCUCCCCCUUCACCUUUGAUUUGCAUUCCUUUAUGCAUUCCUUUACCAUUAUUGACUGAACUUCCUUUGCCUGAUCAUUGGGACUGAAUAAGUGCUUAUGUGUCUGCCUUUGUUAUCCCAAUUCACGGCAACACUCACGCCCUUUGGAACAAACUAGCAGAUGGUUUUAGGCCCCAUAUCCCAAUGAGUAUUGUGACAAGGACCUGAUCUUAUCAGAAACUCUUCCUCUUUCAUGUACAGUAGAUCAAGUAUAGAGACCCUUUUCUAGGUAGGAAAACUGACACAUUUUUCAGGUACUAUACAUGUCUACUAUAGAGUUAAUUUUCAAUGAGUUCAGUGUUUUUAAUUCCACAGAAGAUGCAUAGAUCACUGGCUUAACAAUCAUAUGAUUUAUUUUAAAAUGUAAACUCUGCAGAACAGCAAAUUUUGUCUUACUAUCACUGUAAUCAGUGCAAGGUUUACACUGCGUAAAAUACUGCAAGUGAGGGAGUGUCCUUUUAAAGCCAGGUGAAUUAUUAAUACCAAGCCCUCUCACACAUACAUUUUAAACCUGGAACACUACUGAUACAAAAUUUUGCACAUAAUGAGACAUGCACAUAUACACACACCCACGUACACAAAGCCCUUCCAUGUUUGUGCUUGUCUAAAAGUUUGCCUUUGUCUUUUUACCAAAUCAGCUUUCUUUCUCCUCUCCCUUUCCUCUAACCCACAUCCCUUUGCAUGUCCUAGUGGUAAUGGUAGUUGGGUGCAUGGAUAAAGCAGCAAGCAAAUUGUUUCUCCACUUGGUGAAAAAAUAGAAAUGUGUCUUCAUUUUAACACCCAGCAAUAAAUCCCCUUCUCUUCAUGUCCAUCAUUCUUACAAUUUGCCAGAAGAUUUAUUUGCAAGUUUUAUCGAAGACAUACUGUUAAAGAAAAUCCUAAUUCACCUCUUACUAUGAAAAAUAAAGUUUUCUUCCUAUCAUUUGGAUUCAGUACUGUGAUCUUUGUAGCAAACAAUGUUUUUUUUUAAUAUAAAGAGAUGUA